AUGAGAGGUAAUCGUGCCACCCAGGACUCGAAUACAUGCAGCAGGUCAUUUCGGGGCAAGCGGAUCCUUUAUGAUGAAAAUGAUGAGCUUCAAGAGACUGAUUCGGGGUUCUUGCAGAGUGGAACCAUGCAGUACCAGACACGAGAUAGAUCUUCCAAAGAACAAGGCCUUUUUCGAACAAGCCAAUUCAUUUUGGCCCCUGCAGAUGCACUCUUUUUCCUAUUCAAAGAUCAGCCCCCUGGCUUUGAGUUUUCACAUCGAGAAUUAUUUGCAGAUGUAGAGAUAUCAAAGGGGCUUCUUACUUCCCAAACGGAUCCUCCUACAUCUAUAUAUAAAUGCUGGUUUAUCAAGAAUACGCAAGAAAGGCACUUCAAAUUGUUGAUUAAUCAUCAGAGAUGGCUUAGAACCAAUAGUUCAUUAUCUAAUGGAUCUUUCAGUUCUAAUACUCUAUCCGAGAGUUCUCAGUAUUUAUCAAAUAUGUUCCUAUCUAACGGAACUCUAUUAGACUAA